GCAAGUCGCGUGGCAAGGCACCAUGCACGCUGCACGGCAGGAUUUUGAGCGGAGCUUGGAACCAAAACGCCAUCACGAAGGCGCUCAUUUUCUUCAUCUUUUUCCAUAUUCCCACCACUGUUUCUCGCGGAGAAGGUGCCUUCGUCUGAAUAUUAUCAUUAGAUACCACCACCCCCACAUUCUCUUGAAUCUUCCACUCGUUUCUAUCAUUCAACUCCCCAUUUUUGAACUUUGUUUGCAAAGAUGUUCUCCUUGUCUUUCGUCCUCUUCGGUCUCGCCUCAUCUGCCUUGGCUAACAUCUACAUCACGAAUCCUGUGGCUUCCACUGUGAUGACUGCAGGCCAAUCUGCUAGUAUUGCAUGGCAGGACACUACCGAUUCGCCUUCCCUAAGUGAAUUUGGCGCGUCGAAAUUCUCCCUAGCUGUAGGAAACGCGAUAUCCCAGACUAUUCUCCAAGUCAUUGCUGAGAAUGUCGACGUUUCGACGACAUCGACAAUCGAAUUUACCCCGGAUGCGAGCGUUGGCGGUAACAGUGAUCAAUACUUCAUCCGUGUUGAAUCCAAUAGUCUCAAGGACGCCAGUGAUGCAAGAUAUCCUGCUCUUGGAUUUUCGGCAAAAUUCACAAUCCAAAGCAUGACCGGUUCAUUCAACGCAUCCGUCCAGGCAGAAAUUGAUGGUCAAUCCACCGCGCCAAUUGGAAGUACGACCGCCGGAGCUACCUCCACAUCCGCACAUGCGUCGUCGACCACUGCGUCUGGCAAGGCAUCAUCGUCUAUCAUUGCAUCGGGCUCUGUCUCCGCCAAGAAUGCCGCCUCAACCACCGACAGCAAUGGCGCUCUUUCACUGGCUCUAUGCAACGCCAAGAUGUGGAUUACUCUUGUGCUCAGCGCUGUCCUGGGUGCUGCCCUGUUUUAAUCUCGGAUUACUGCGGCAUUAGAGCCAAACGGUUCAGUUCCUACAAUAUUCUCCGCAUCAUGGAAAUUUUCUGAUAGUAAAUUGUUCCAUGCAUUGAAUUUGCUAUCUUAUAUUCUCUCCGGAGACUUUUCCGGGCCGCUAUCAUCUAAGGCUUAUGAAUCUUCAAUCCUUUGAAGUUUUGGCGCCAAAGCCUCCUCAAUAAAGUAAUGGUGCUCGUCCCAUGAGGUCUCUGACCAUUGGUUGAUGGCUGAGAUGCUCGCUCCCACUGAUCUUGUCGACUGUGUGGACUGAAUAUUGAGCGACGAGCCUUCGGAUUCUCGGGAUAGCUCGGUCCGAAUGUGGACUGGGGUACCAGAUGAG